AACAGUGAGGACAAUGAGUGGAGACACACAAUGCAUGUGGUUUCCAUGGUGAUUUACAGCACCACUUUACUCUUUGGGACCAUCGGCAAUGGUCUUGUUAUCUUCCUCACUGGUUUCCAAAUGAAGAAGACAAUAACUACCAUGUGGUACCUCAACUUGGCUCUAGCUGAUUUCAUCUAUGACCUUUCUCUGUCCUCAGAGUUGCUCUAUUUUGCCCUCGAUGAAUGGAUUCUUGGCCGGCUACUCUGCAAACUGGACACUGUGGUGUCCUUCCUAAACAUGUUUGCCAGCGUCUUCUUCUUGACAGCCAUCAGUGUUGACCGCUGUGUUUCUGUAGUGUGUCCCGUUUGGUCCUUGAACCAUCGUACGCUUCGGUUGGCUUCCUUAAUAGUUGUCCUUAUCUGGAUGAUGGCCUUGGGACUCAGCACCCCUUACUUCUACUUCCGGGAUACGGAAUAUGAUAUGGAUAACUCUAUAAAGUGCUUCUAUAGCUUUAGCUUGGAAGAGUCCAGCAGCCACAGGUCCCAUCUUUCUAUGGUGGUGACUGAAUUUGUAAUUGGGUUCUUCAUCCCCUUCAACAUCAUCUUGGCUUGCUACUGCAUCAUUGUCUUUAAGCUCAGAGGGAAGCUCUUUCAUCAGUUUGGUAGAUCCUUCAAGAUCAUCAUGGCGGUAGUGGUAGCGUUCUUCUGCUGUUGGUUCCCUCACCAUGUCUUCUCCAUUCUAGAGAACUUGGCUGAUGGGAGCUUCGAAAUGAGAGCCGUCAUUGAUAUUGGGCUGCCGUUGGCUAAUGGUUUGGUGUGUCUCAACAGCUGCCUCAAUCCAUUCUUAUAUGCUUUCGUGUGUCCAGAUUUUAGAAAAAUUAGCUGGCGCUCCUUCCUCUCAGCCUUCAAAAGUGCUUUUAGUGAAAACUGGGCCACGUCCUUUUUUUCAAGUAAUAGGAAUUCUGGUUCUACUUCAGGAAUAGGGGAAUCCAGCAUGGUGUGA